AUGCGUUUCUCUACUACUGCGUCCGCUGCUUUCCUAGCCGGGUCUGUUGUCGCUCAUCCCCACGCUUAUCCUCCUCUCAACGGUCUUUCUAAACGCAAAUUGGAUCUGAACUCAUUCCGCCUAGAGACUGAAACAGAGUACUCUGAUACCGCGGCAACUGAUUCGACUCCAAUCGUUGCGCUUGUGAAGAGAGAAACAUACCUCGAGACGGCCACUGCUUUAGUGCAGAAGACCGUUCCGGGUGCAGAAUUCCGCGUUGCUGAUGAUCAUUACGUUGGUACCAACGGCAUUGCUCAUGUUAACCUAAAGCAAACUGUGCACGGGCUCGACAUUGAUAAUGCCGAUUUCAACGUGAAUGUUGCUGCAGAUGGCAGUGUGUUCUCUUUUGGUAACUCUUUUUACACUGGCGCCAUUCCAGCUGAAAAUCCUCUCACCAAGCGUGAUCAAAUUGAUCCAGUUGCUGCGCUUAAAGGGGCCUCCAGUGUGCUAGACCUCUCCAUCACUGCCACUGCCGCCGUUGCCAAACCAGAGGAAUCUCUUGAGCACUAUGUCAUCGAGGGUAGUCAAGGUGCCCUUUCUGCUCCCAAGGCGCGCCUUCAAUACAUCUUGACCCCAGAGAACACUCUUGCCCUUGUGUGGAGAGUUGAGACCGACGUGGGAAGUGAUUGGCUCUUGACAUAUGUCGAUGCUGCCGACUCGAGCAAAAUCCACGCAGCAGUCAACUAUGUUGCUGAGGCUUCGUACACAGUUUACCCUUGGGAAACUAAUGACCCUUCCAAAGGAAGCCGUGUCACAGAAUCCAACCCUGCCAACACUGCCUCUUCACCUUUGGGUUGGCACAACGACGGUACCACCACAUACACCGUGACUCAUGGUAACAAUGGUAUCGCUCAGGCAAACUACGCCGGUGAUACCGCCUAUUUGAGCGAUUAUCGACCAAGUGGAGGAAGCACGAAUGACUACCUCUUUGGUCUUAACCUCGCCAACACCAACCCGCAGACCUACUCUAACGCAUCAGUCACUCAACUGUUCUACACCGCUAACUUGUAUCACGACCUUCUCUACCAACUUGGAUUUACCUCUGCAGCUGGUAACUUCCAGACAAGCGUCAACGGAGGUGGUGGUAAGGGUGGAGAUGAGGUUAUCCUCAACGCGCAAGACGGAGCUGGAACUGAUAACGCCGAUUUCGCCACUCCAGUUGAUGGACAAAAGCCAAGAAUGAGAAUGUUCAUCUGGGAUUACACCACUCCAAAGCGAGACUGCGCAUUUGAUGCUGGUGUUAUUAUUCACGAGUAUACCCAUGGUGUUUCCAAUCGUUUGACUGGUGGUCCAGCCAACUCCAACUGCUUGAGUGUUCUCGAGGCUGGUGGUAUGGGUGAGGGAUGGGGAGAUUUCAUGGCUAUUGCCAUUCAUCUCAAGACUUCUGAUAAGCGAACAACCAACUACCCUCUUGGUGACUGGAUCUACGGAAACCCUGCUGGAAUUCGCCAAUACUUGUACUCCACAAGCUUGACCACCAAUCCUCUCACAUACGCAAAGGUCAACGGUGUCAGCGAAGUCCACGCCAUCGGUACAACUUGGGCUACUAUCCUUUAUGAGCUCCUCUGGAACAUCAUCGACAAGAAGGGCAUCACUGCUACCCGAUUCCCUGUUCUUGAUGCCAAGGGAGCACCAACUGAUGGUCGUUUCUACACCAUGAAGAUUGUCAUCGAUGCUAUGGCUUUACAACCUUGCAGUCCUACAUUCGUUUCCGGACGUGACGCUAUCCUCGACGCCGACAAGAACCUUUCCGGAGGGGCCAAUGCUUGUGCUAUCUGGACUGCCUUUGCCAAGCGUGGUGUUGGAUCUGGUGCCAAGAGAGGUACUGGUAACAGCGGCCGCACUGCCAGCAACGUCAUCCCCACCGGUGUCUGCUAA